AUGGAUAAAGAUAAGGUGAAGGCUAUCAAUAAGUGGUCGACCCCGCAACAUGUUAGUGAUCUCAGAUCUUUCCUCGGUUUGGCCAAUUAUUACAGACGUUUUGUGGAGGGUUAUUCCCACAGGACAGUGGUGAUUAGUGAGCCAGUUCUUGCCUUAUCGGAUCUUGAAAAACCUCUAGAAGUGGAAACAAUGGUGAUCAGUGGGUACUGGGAGGGAUUCACCACGUGGGAGUGUCUCUCCAGAGAGAUUCACACUUGUGCCUAUCAGAACUGA